AAGUUCCAUACUUUUCCCUUCUCUCUUGUCUUUCUACCAAUACUAGCAUAUUGAAAGAAAGUUCUUUUUCUUUUUUUUUUUUCUCUUCUGCCUCCAAAGCAAAACUUGUCUAUUAGCAUAGAAGAUCAAUAAUCACAGGAGAAAUCAAAGCCAAAAGUACAGAAACAAGAAUCAUGGAGGGUGGAGGAGGUGCAAUUGGGAUGAGAGGUCUCAAUGAAGAAGAUGAUGAUAUUGGAAAGAAUGAAGAAGAAAACAAGUGGCCAUCAUGGCUGCGGCCACUUCUCCAAACAAGCUUUUUUAUUCAAUGCAAAGUCCAUGCAGAUUCCCACAAAAGUGAAUGCAAUAUGUAUUGCUUGGAUUGUAUGAAUGGAGCACUUUGCUCUGCCUGUCUUGCUUCUCACAAAGAACACAGAGCUAUUCAGAUAAGGAGGUCUUCAUACCAUGAUGUUAUAAGGGUCUCCGAGAUACAGAAAUUUCUGGACAUAACAGGGGUCCAAACUUAUAUUAUAAACAGUGCCAAAAUUGUGUUCUUGAAUGAAAGGCCUCAACCUAGGCCUGGCAAAGGAGUCACCAAUACCUGCCAGGUCUGUGAGCGCAGCCUUCUUGAUUCCUUCAGCUUCUGUUCACUUGGUUGUAAGAUAGUUGGAACCUCCAAGAAGUUCAGGAAGAAGAAAAUGUUAGCUGAGACAGAUGGGUCAGAUGAUGAAGAAUCAAUUAAUAGCAUAAUAAAUGGAAGUGCCAGAAAUAAAAUCCAAAGCUUUACACCUUCAACACCGCCACCAACUGUGGUAAAUUUCAGAACUGCUAAGAGGAGAAAAGGAGUUCCACAUAGAGCUCCAAUGGGUGGAGGACUUGUUAUAGAAUACUAAUGUCAUA